GAUGACGGUAAAGAUCCGAGCAAGAGGAAAGAUCAAACUGAACGAAGUGGCUUCCACUAUUUCAUGAUGGCUCAGCUUGGUGCAUUUGGUGCCAUUGGAGGAAGAGCAUCUGUUGACAUGUUCGUGAAGUCCAUGAGUGCUUCGGCUGAUGUCGUGGCCUUGGCCAAAAUCGAAGUCAAUUUGGAUUCCAUUCCUGAGGGAAAAAACGUGACUUUCACGUGGAGAGGCAAGCCGUUGUUCGUCAAGCAUCGAACCGAAAAGGAAAUCGAAAGCGCAAGGAAUACUGACGUUUCGAAGCUGCGAGAUCCAGAGAAGGACGAAGACCGAGUUAUUGAUCCUAGGUUUCUUGUUGUGAUCGGGAUUUGCACUCAUUUAGGCUGUGUA